AUGGUUUUGCCUAGGACUGAUCUGUAUGAGCCGCUGAUCCACACAGAGCCACACUCUGCGGCUCAUUUUGAGGCUCCACCCACGGAUCACGGCUCCAGCUCCCGCGGAUCCGGCUCUUCCGGAGACUCUGAGCCAUGCGGAUCUGGAUCAAGCCCCGGAAGUCACCUGAUCUGCCGGCCAUGCGAUGAGCGGGGCGACUUCCUGGACAACUACGCUCCUCCUCCUGCACCGCAUGUCCGCUUCGACACUGCCCCAUUUGCCGAUCGCCCGUCCUUGGACUUCGCCGAUACCAUUUACAACAAAAUGCAAGGCUCCGUGGCCGACAUAAAUGAUAUUCUCACCGCGAUCCAUGCCCGCGACAUUCUCCUUGGUCACGACGAUGCGGAUCCCAUCUUUGAAUCACACACGCAUCUCGUCACCACUAUUGACGCGAUCACGGUUGGUGGGGUGCCCUACAAAUCGUUUUCUAUUCGCUGGACUGGCCCGGUCGACAACAACAGCCCACAGUGGAAGCGUGAGUCAUAUACGAUUCAUUACCAGGACAUCAUUGAGAACAUCCGUGCGAUGGCUGGCAACACGGAGCUCCACGGGCACUGGGACAACUCUCCAAAGGCGGUGUUUGAUGCAGAUGGUCGGCGGGUCUUCUCCGAUCUUAUGACUGGUCAGUGGGCAUGGGAUGAAGCGGACAAGAUCACAGAGGACCCUAACACUCACGGUGCCAUGCUCUGCCCAGUGAUGCUCGGUGCGGACAAGACAACGGUUUCGGUUGGGACUGGAAACCGAGCAUACCACCUGCUCUACUCGUCCCUUGGAAACAUGCACAAUGGUGUGCGGUGUGCUCAUUCUGACACCGUCUCUGUGCUCGCCUUUCUUCCAAUCAUCAAAGGCACUCGUGAAGAGGCCAACAACAAGGAAUUUCAUCUCUUCCGAAAGCAGGUCUACCACGACGUCAUCAAGCACAUUCUCUUACCACUACGACCAUAUAUGCACAUCCCGCUCCCGUUGCGUUGCCCCAAUGGACACUGGUGUGCUGCUAUCUUCGACAUUGGGCCGUUUCUAGCCGACUAUCCCGAGCAAGUGUACGUGUCUGGCAUUGUACAAGGAUGGUGCCCGAAGUGCCUCGCCUUUCCUGACGAGCUGGACAACCAGGGUACACCGCGUUUUCGCGCUCUUACGGACCAUCUCCAAGAUGUGUUUGAUCCUGGUACUCUCUGGGAUGUUUUUGGAGUGGUGCGAGACGUAGAGCCGUUCACAUACUCCUUUCCUCGGGCCGACAUCCACGACCUUGUAACUCCUGACCUGCUUCACCAGCUGGUUAAGGGCACGUUCAAGGACCACUUGACCAAACGACAAGCCUUGGGCAUACUUGAUGACUUGGACCGGCAACUUGCUGUGGUGCCAAUCUUCACUGCACUGAGACGAUUCCCUGAUGGUCGUCACUUCAGCCAGUGGACAGGGAAUGACUCGAAGGCUCUGAUGAAGGUGCUGCUCCCUGCUCUGGUUGGACUGGUGCCAGAUGAUGUUGUCGAGUGUGUGAGAGUCUUUCUAGACUUUGCAUAUCUUGCUCGUCUGUCUGUUCACACCUCCGAGACUGUUGCACGGAUGGAGGAACUGCUUCAAGAGUUCUGUGUCCUGCGUACUGUCUUCAUUGAGGCAGGUGUGAGAGAUGAUGUGUCUCUCCCUCGGCAACAUGGCCUUUUUCAUUUCCCCCAGGCUAUCAUCUUGUUUGGUGCGCUUAUCAGGCUAAGCACAUCAAUUACGGAGUCAAAGCACAUUGAGGCCGUUAAGCGACCUUGGAGAGCAUCAAACCGCAGUGAUGCACUUCCACAGGUGCUCACACGUCUUAUACGGGUCAGCAAGCUGAAUGCACUUCGGGUUGAGCUAGGCCGAUCGGGUCUCCUUGAAGGAGAAAUCACUGACUGGGCGUUGCGAGAACCUGAGGUUACAUUCGCAGUGAAACCAGAUCUUGCUGUGGAGCUUGCCAUUCCUGACUUUGUUGCUCGUGUACGUCGUUUCCUGCACCAACAAGAGGAUGGUCACUUGGGAGAUCUGGAGGCAGUUCCUCUUGAGGACUGCCCUUGGAUCUCACUAGAGACACAAAUAUCUCUUUAUCUCUGUGCACAUGCCACCUAUUUUGCUCCAAGUGAGCUUAGUCUACCAGGUGGUAUGCACUCAGAGAUAAUACGUUGCACUCCAAACUGGAUGCGACGUGAGCCGAGAUAUGACACUGUUUUGGUGCAGGUGGAUGAAGAGGAUGAUGUGAUGCACGGUCUGGCAGUGGCAAGGCUGUGUAAGUUGUUUUCUCUCAAUACGGACUACUUUUUGCAUGAAUGUGCUUUAGUUGAAUGGUUUGACUUUGUAUCGGAUGCUCCUGAUGAGCUUACAGGCAUGUGGGUGGUGAAGCUGUUAGUUCACGGCGUCUCUAAGCCAGAGAUGAACCAUAACCAUCGUUCAGUAGACAUCAUCCCCCUUGACUCUAUUGUUCAUUCUUGCCAUCUGAUACCUUACUAUGGUACAAAAUCACUGAAGAACUGGAGGCACUACAAUACUUUAGAUGCAUUCAAGUGGUACUAUGUAAACUCUUACAUUGAUUACCAUACUUUUCAGAUACUAAAAUAG